GGGAAUCUCAAAUGCUGUUGGUGAUUUUCAUCCUUAGCCCACGGACUUCCCGCCUACUCAUCAGGAAACUAGUCACAGGUCCCCAAUGACAUCACUGCAGUUCGACUUUGAAUUCAACCUUCAACGUUUCUGCUUUCUACUAAAACCUUUCUCGAUAAAUCCAUUCUCCUGAUCAAGUUAUCAUUCUAGUUUCAUGUUCAAUUCAGCACUUCCAAUCAGAUCUCCUUCUUGAAGCCCCUCCACCCCCAGAACCCGAGUACGAGGACGUUGGGUUCAGAUUUCUUAAGUGAAGGCCGAUCACUUCAACUCCUGGACACGUUAUUGACCAUAAGAGCGUAUCAUGACUACUAUUGAGAGAUAAGGCAUCUGUUUUUCAGAUAAAGGAUCAUUACAGCAUAGCAUAUGGUUAGUACAACAUAUAUCUACAUGAAAUAGCAAGCAAGCUCUAGCUUUCUUCCAACAUGGAAAAGAAUGAGUUAGUGGAGACAAUCGCAUUAAAUUCUCAAGCUGUUGAAAAGCUGGAAGGAGAUCUUUCCACUAUCCACAAUGAAAAGUCCAAACCACGAGAAGAGGUAAAAAAUCAAAAUAUUGGCAGUGAUGAUCUCUUGUCAGACAAUAGACAAUAUGAUAUAUCUGACAAGACGAAUGAGAUGACAGAUAAGCACGAGAGUAAUGUCAUGAAGACUGAAACUGAAGAUGAACCCUUCAAUAUUGUUGGACUAAAUUCCUUUGGUGAUAAUGUUGAUGGCAGCAAAGGGUCUGAGUUUACCAGUCAAGAAGGAAUUGCAGAUGAGGUUUCUGGACAAAACGACUUGGCCAAAGGGAUGAACGAGAGUGGGAACAUGGAAUCCACACCAAUGAAUCAGAAGACAGAUGAAAUUCCAAGUGAGGGCAAUAAUCUAGAGCCCGUGUUUGAUGGAACAGAGGUUCCUGGCAUGGAAGCUAGCAGAAGCACAGAUAACUUUUCUCUAGAUGUGGAGUCUGAUUCGGACAGUCAUGGUGUGGUUGAGAAGGCUGUGGCACUUAAGAAUUUUGUUAGGGAGAAAAGUGCUGUAGCAGUCUCUACUGUGCUACGUCGCCUUUCCGGAAAAGGUGAUGAAGGUCCCAUGAGCAAUUUUGAUGAUGAAAGUAAGAAUGUUUCAGAAUCCUCAAACGUGGAUUAUAAAGAAGUUACUGAGAAAAAAUCUUGGAACCCCCUUAAUUAUAUUAGGAUGUCACUCGAUGCUGAUUUGGAAGGUAAAAAUGAAUGGAGGGAACCGAUAACUGAAGGUCCACAAUAUCCCAUAACCAUGAAAGGAAGGAUUAUACUCUACACAAGACUAGGUUGCCAGGAAUCUAAAAAAGUUAGGCUAUUUUUGUAUAUGAAACGGCUUUGGUAUGUUGAAAUCAAUAUUGACAUAUACCCAAGUAGAAAACAGGAGCUUGAGAAGAUUUCUGGAUCUACUUCUGUUCCCAAGGUGUUUUUUAAUGAAAUACUUAUUGGAGGUUUGAGUGAGCUAAAGGCCCUGGAUGAAUCUGGUAAGCUCGAUGAGAAGAUUGAAUUUCUCAUCACUAAAGCACCAUCAAUUGAAGCUCCAUUACCGCCGCUUUCUGGAGAGGAUGAUGAGUCUAGUAGUGGAGCUCUUGAUGAAAUGGCUUUAAUUGUCAGCAAAUUGAAAGAAUUCAUUGUUGUAAAAGACCGAUUUUACAAAAUGCGAAGGUUCACUAAAUGCUUUAUUGGCUCAGAAGCUGUGGACUUCUUAUCAGAAGAUCAAUACUUGGAAAGGCAGGAGGCUGUUGAGUUUGCACAGAAUCUUGCUAGCAAAUUCUUCUUCCAACAUGUUCUUGAUGAGAAUCUAUUCGAGGAUGGUAACCACUUGUAUCGUUUUUUGGAUGAUGACCCAAUCGUGGCUUCUCAAUGUCACAAUAUUCAGAGGGGCAUAACCACUGUAAAGCCAAAGCUUAUAGUAGAAAUUGCAUCAAGGCUGAGGUUUCUGUCUUGUGCAAUAUUUGAAGCCUAUGUUUCUGAAGAUGGCCAUCAUGUUAAUUACAUAAGUCUCCACAGAAGCGAGGAGUUUGCGAGGUAUCUGAGAAUAGUAGAGGAGCUCCAAAGAGUGGAAAUAUGGGAUAUGUCUAGAGAAGAGAACCUAGCUUUCUUCAUCAAUCUUUAUAAUAUGAUGGCCAUUCAUGCAAUCUUAGAAUGGGGUCAUCCAGCUGGAGCACUGGAAAGAAGGAAAUUGUUUGGAGACUUCAAAUAUGUGAUUGGUGGGUCCACUUACUCACUUUCAGCCAUUCAAAAUGGCAUUUUACGGGGAAACCAGCGGCCACCUUACAAUCUUUUGAAGCCAUUUGGUGCAAAAGAUAAACGUUUGAGGGUGGCUCUUCCUUACCCUGAGCCUCUUGUUCAUUUUGCUCUAGUAUGUGGCACCAGAUCUGGGCCUGCACUUAGAUGCUAUUCUCCUCGAGAUAUUGACAAAGAACUAAUGGACGCUGCUCGCAAUUUCUUGAGAAGUGGAGGACUUGCCAUUGAUUUGAAUACGAAGACUGCAUACGCUAGUAAGAUCCUUAAGUGGUUUAGUAUAGAUUUUGGCAAGAACGAUGUAGAGGUACUGAGGCAUGUGUCAAAUUACUUAGACCCAGCUGACGCAGCAGUAUUGUUGGAUCUGCUUGCCACUUCUGAAUUGAAGCUAACAAGGUGCAUACAGAAGAACUUCAUGCAAAGAGGAGACUCUCAAACAACAGCUUAUGCCCAAUGGGGUGUGGAGAGGAGGAGAACUUGAUGCAUCUUCUACACGACUGUCAUGUAGCGAAGCAAAAAUGGAGAUACCUCGUCUCACCUAAACAUUAUGAUCUUUUUUGGCACUUGAAUGGUAUAGAAUGGAUCUCUUAGAAUUUCGAAGAAGAAAUUGGCAAGAAAUUCACUAACAGCAUUUCAUGGUAGUUUCUUUUUUCAUAUAUCUAUUGGGAGAUUUGGACCUUUAGAUGUAAAGUCAUAUUUAGUGAUGAUGAAAAUUACGCGAGCUGUGAUGCUAUACAAAGCUUUUCUACAA